GACACCUCCGAUAUCGACGGCUUGCCUCAUAGAUCUCAGAGGGGCUGGUCGCGAGUCUACAAAGAAAGGUGACAGCGUGGGGUCGCUUCAAGUUCUUGUGUCUGAAUCAUUCACCCUCCAGAGCCUCUCCUCAUCGCUGUAUCCACAGAACUGCACUGAUUCAUCGAGUAGUGGGUCGCACCGCACGAAGACGAAGAACACGUUAGCACACAACCCUUUUCAGUGUCAAUCCCCCCGAGUCUUUCGUUGGUGCAACAUGUUCAAUGAUGCUGGUCCAGUUCCACGCCCAAGUUUUACUACCAGCCUAGGUGCUGUUGCUCGAGGAUGCCUCCCCGCUACACUCCUCUUUACAGCUGCGAGACACAAUCUCCAGUUAAAAAUUGAGCUAGCCGAGAUGCCAGAAUCAGUAAAUACGGCGAAGCGCGAAGUGGAAGAAGAAAAAAGAGCCAAUUGUGCUGCAAAAAGAACAGCAGAAAACGCACAGAGGCGUCAGGAAGGAUUUGAACAGGCGGCAGCUGAAACUCCAGAGGCUCUCCGGAGAGCAGAGGAAGCGAGGUUCGCGAUAGAGCGUUGGUGGUUUGAAGGCGUUCGCUCUGAGUGCCGCCCAUUGGAGGAGGAUAUUAUUCGGAUGAAGACCAAGUAUCGCUACAGCCCAGGUUUCCUCCACCUCGCUGUCGUUGGCUCUUCUGGAGGUGGAAAGUCAUCCUUUAUUAACGCCGUCCGGGGCCUGUCCAACAAUGACCCCAUCGCCGCUCGUACGGGGAUUGUCGAAACUACCAAUGCGAUCACGAGAUACACUGAUCCACGCCCAGACUCCCAGAUCUUUUGGUAUGACAUUCCCGGUGCGGGCACUCCGAAUAUGCCUGACUGGCAGUACUUCAAUAACUUGGGCCUCUACAUCUUCGACUGCAUCAUUGUGCUGAUCGACAAUCGUUUCUUGGACUCCGACCUCGCCAUUCUCCGGGCCUGUGAGCAGUUCACCAACAUUGAGGUGUUCAUUGUUCGCUCCAAGUCAGAUCAGCAUAUCAACAACAUGGCGUCAGACAGGAUGCCAUGCGGGUUCGACCCUUUGAAUGUUGUCAACGAGACACGUUCUCGUUUCCAACAAAUUAAAUCUGAAACCCAGAGGAAGUUUAUCGACCAAACGCAUCAGAAUUUGCAAAUGAAUCUUAAGAGGAACAAUAUCUCUCCUAAGAAAGUUUACAUUGUUUGCAAGGACGCUAUGCGUGCGGUAUGGAAUAACUCGUCUUCUCCCAUGGCAAUUGACGAAGAAGAGCUGAAAAAUGAUAUUGCAGAAUGUGUGCGUAGGCGUCUGUAUUAGGAUGUUCUAGAAUUGGUCAGAUUGUCUACAUAGCUCGAUGGUCUAUUACGCAGCGCGUUAUCCCAAUUCCUUUUAGUUAUUGUUUAUGUAUUUUCUCGUCAGACCGUACACCUCUCUCUCAAUCUGUAGAUCUACGUACAUGAUAUCACAUUCUCCGAACGUGUUUUUGACUGAUUCAUACUCCUGUCUACUAUAUGUACCAUAUCGUAGCGGCGUGCUACCCCCCGGUGUCCAAUCCACUCACUAUCGUAUGUGAAUAAAGGCAAAACUCAUGUUGCCCAGGUUCCGUGAAGAAGUCAGACAAUCUAUAUGUAAGCAUGGCACUGUACUGGACACUCGACUCAUUCUUGGGAAAUGGGCGGGCGCUUCACCUUUAAACGCAAACGGUUUAGGCGACGGAUCUCGUUUGGAGCUGAAUCAAG